AUGGCAAGUAAUGAAGAUAGUGAAUGGAUUUGUUUUAACCCUCCUUUAUGGCUACAAAGGAGAAUUCUUAUUAACCUUGUGCUACAAGAGAGUAAAGUUACUUCGGUGGUUGAUUUUGGUUGUGGAGAAGGUUCACUCCUUUCUUUUCUUGUUCAACCUUGGGAAAAAUCACCGAUCACGCAUCUUGCUGGAGUAGAUAUCAGUCAGGAAACACUGAAAUACACUGUGGAUAAUUGUCGCCCGAGAAAAGAAGACUUUGAUAAUUUAAGGUUAACCCCCCUGACAAUAGACAUAUAUCAAGGAAGUAUUGAUGUUGCUGACGAAAGGUUACUAGGAUUUGAGGCUUUAGUAUGCUCGGAAGUAAUAGAACAUGUUUAUCCACCAGUAUUGAACAAAUUUUUUAAAGUUGUUCUUGGAACUUAUAAACCCAAAGUUGUGAUCGUGACCACACCUAAUGCGGAAUUUAAUGUUUAUUUCCCACAAUUAAAAUAUGGAACACCAGAAGCACUGUUCAGAAUUGAUGAUCAUAAAUUUGAAUGGACUAGGAGCGAGUUUCAGAAAUGGGGUAACGCAGGUGCGGCAAAAUACAAUUAUUCUGUUGAGUAUACUGGGGUUGGUACAUUAAAGGAUAGCGAUCCAGCAGUAGGAUUCGCUACACAAGUCGCCAUAUUUCGAGAUUUGCGUUCAAAUGACAACCCUUUAUUAUCCGAUUUUGGAAGUUAUGAUCACAUAGAUCAAAUAGUGUUCCCGAUUUACGAUGAGCCUGAUAAAAGCACGUCCGAGAUUCUCGAAGUUAUUCAUUACUACAUGAAAUUCCUUUGUAAUCCGGUUGUGAGCGAACUAGAACAGCAGCAAAAAAAGAACUGUGUUAAAAUCGACUAUCUUUGGGAUAUACAUCGAAUUAGGCAACUUUGUAAAACUAGAGAUAAUUUGUUGGAGAUACUUGAUUCCAGCACAGAUUUUACAUUACUAAAUGCAGAUGAGGUACUUGCACAUGUAGAAUAUAAACUUGAUUCACCAAAAAAAGAAAACGACGAAUAUGAUUGGCACACAAACGAUGCAUCUGAAAUGGAAUCAGAUUGGAAUGCUGAUGAUACUAAUGAUAAUGGACGGCAUUAUGACUACGGAGAUGAUGAUUUGGCUGAUGAUUUGGCUAAUGAUUUGGCUAAUGAUAAUGGAUGGUAUUAUGACUACACAAAUGACGAUUUGGAAAAUGGAAAAUGGUCUUACGAAGAUACAUUUUCUGGAAAUAGUCAGCAUUUGCAAUCAAAUUGGGACAAUUGA